UUUCAAGACGUGGCUGAAUGACGUUCCCAUACCUGUCAAAUCAUUUUUACUUUUUCGAUUGGAUCUGCUACGAUUUCGAUAGGCAAACACAUAUUUUAUUCUCAUUUGCACAGUGUUUCGUUGGCAAUAAUUUUAAAUUGUAAGCGUGACGCUAUUAAUGAUAACCAUUAUUUGAUUAAAUCAACAGAUCCUCUAAAAUUGGCCUGAUUUUUUAUUGUUCGCUUACAGAAAAUGGAUCAAAUUGCGAAGUUUGUCGAGCCUGGUAAGCAGUUCGCAAAGGAUUCCAUCAGAUUAGUCAGAAGAUGCACUAAACCCAACAGAAAAGAAUUCCAGAAGAUUGCGAUUGCUACGGCUAUUGGUUUCUGCAUCAUGGGUUUCAUUGGAUUCUUUGUGAAGCUAAUACACAUCCCCAUCAAUAACAUCAUUGUCGGAUCAUAAAUCUCUAGUUUGUAUCUAGUUUAACUAUAGCCUAUAGAUAAGCCUGUAUCUAAGUUAAUUAUCUCUGAAUUUUCAUUUUAUUUUUUCUUUUUAAAAUAAAUUAUUCCAUUUUAUACAAACCUGUUUUAAUAUUACUGUGUUAUAUUGAUGUCACUCAUAUUUGUAGUAUAUUUUUUAUGAAAUUUGAUUACAAUAAUCUAUUCUUAAUGAAAAAUGAUAAAAAAUCCACUUUGGCCCUGGAACUCU